AUGGCACCGAAAUCCAAACUACAGAUUGUCAGUGACCCAGUUGAAGAUCCGGCUACCGAGUCAGCGAGCACCCAAGUCCUGAUUCCUGACGAUAACGUCAGUUCUCACUGUAUAUUGGGUCCAGUUUUCUCGUCAGCUCUUUUGGAUGGCUUUCCAGAAGUUUAUCCAGUGGGAGAACGUGACCCACUCCUCCUACAGCUUCCAUCGUUGGAAUGGUCAGGCUGGGAUAAGAACACCUGCCUUCGUUCUUGGCCUUAUACCGUCGAAAUGGGAUGGGUAGACUGGGUAAGGCGCAUGAUGAAGUUUCUUUUUGAGGAUUGGAAAACAAUGGGGAUUCGUGAGACAAUCGAGCUCUCACAAUUCCCUUUGGACAUGAAUCCUGAACUCGUAGCUGCUGCCGCCUGUUUCUGGUCCAAAUCAUCCAAUGCCCUAGUUCUACAUUGUGGCUUAUUGUCUCCGACAAUUUUGGAUAUCUCUCAUUUGACCGACCUCCCUUCCUUAGGCCGUGAGGUAAAUGCCCUACUUUCUCUUGAUCCAUAUGAUCCCCCAUUCAUUGUUCCAUCAGCUGGGGUUAGUUAUUCGAAAUGGCUUAAGAUUCAUUUCAAAGCCAAAGCAUCUGGACCCUGUUUUCAUGAGAAGGUUGCAUUUUAUCUGUUUUGGAUUUGCCGAUUUCUUAUGGCAGUUCCUGGGCUUAAGGUUACCAAAGAAUACCUUAACUUGGCCAUCUGUAUGGCUCAAGUAAAAAGAUUGGCCCUUGCCCCAUUUGUUCUAGGAUCCCUGUAUAAGGGUUUAUUCACCUUUGUUGACAAGAAGAUAGCAGAUUCUUGUGGUGGCCCUUUUUGGAUUUUCCAAGCUUGGUUGUAUGCAUACUUUCCCCAACUAAAACUGAAGCUAAAUAAUCCUCUUCGAUCGGAUGAAGCCUUACAAGCAUGCCGUAGUUAUGCUGAAUACUUCUUAGGUUUUCUGACUCAGACAGAGGAGUCAUCCUUUCAAAGGUACUUCACCUUCUUCUAUGAAGAUAACAAAAAGAAUUGGCCUAUUUUCUAUCCCUUCGAUAAAUUCGAAUACGCAUCCGAACAAUUAAGGCCAUGUUUUGAGGAUAUUCCUCCAGCCUCUCCCCAGCUUGCAGAGAAAAUGACUCAAUCUAAACGGUUAUUCUGGGCCAGCAUCCUUCUUCCAAGACUUAUCCCGGUUGGCUUUGCCCUAAAUAACACUCCUUUUGGGAACUGUGGUUUUGAAAAUUAUUCUCCUUGUCAAUGUGCCAGACAAUUUGGCCUCGCACAAGGCAUUCCAAUGCCCUUUGUUCACCCCAACAUUGCUGAGAUGGCUUCAAGCAGGCCAACGAUUAAGGCCAAGGACUCGCAAAUGAUAUCCUUGAUGGUCAGCAAUUUUCAAUAUCGCGUGAAAGCCUUUCAAUUCAUCGACUUUAAGACCAAUAAUGUGACCCUGCCUGCUUUUGAUGAAUGGUGGUCGACUAUGAGAGCCCUUUAUUUCAGUGCUCCACUUUCAGAUUGCCUAUACAGGCUUGAUCCUGAAUACAAAUACCUCCAGGAUAAGGCUGAGAUAACAGCUCAACUGCCUGAUGAACCUUCUAAGGCCAUUGUGCCUCAUGCAGGAGCAGUUCCCAUAUCAUCUGUGCCAAGUGGGAAUACUAGGAAAAGGAAAGCUGAAUCGAUUAAGGACUCCAAAACCAGGCCACGGACGCGGACUCUCAAAAUCACAUUAGGUGUGAGCCAAAAGGUUUCUAAAAGUCCUACUAUUGGUAGAUCUAAAAGACAAGUUGGUGAAGCAUCUACCCCCACAAAGCAAUCAACAAGAAAACCCACCAAAAAACAAAGCUCGAGUGACAAAGAGUUGGCUCCAAGGAAAGGCAAGGGAACCAAAAUUGUUGAUGCCUUUGAAGAAAUGGAAGAAGAAGAAGAACAUUCUUCAAAAUCCUCUCAAGUUCAGAAAUCCUCCUUUUCAGCAGGAGAGACAAUUGACACCGAAUUGGCAAUCGAUCAAUAUGAAUCUUUUGAUACAGCAGUAUCAGACCCUUUGGGUCAGGCUGAUUGGUUGCUAGAGUUACAAGAACAACUGCUACACCAAGAAAAUCCCUUGCUGCAGGAUGACAGUCCUUUUAUGCAGGUUGGUGAGGGCCCGGUUCUGAUGCCAAAUGUUGCUGAGCUUGGUGUACAAUCCAUUCGACAACCCAUUGUCACAACAACUCAGCCUGCAACAGAUGUGGUCAAUGCUGUACCAGGACGGAAGACCAUUGUUGACCCCAAUCCCCAACAAACUCAGAAGAUUGAUCUAAACCAACAGGGCGACGGUAAGGAGGAAAAGAUUUCUCCACGGGUGGCAAAUGUACCUAAUUUGGAGGUGCCAUCAGCACCAAUCGAAAGGGAUUUGGAAAAGAAAGGACCAGUUGAGGGUCCUGUUCAGAUUGCCCCCAUUGCCCAAACUAGUCCUAACCAAGGAGGUGGACAAGGGGCAGAGGAUGUGGCCUCUAGUCCUUCUGGCAAUCCCUCUAGGAAUCAAGUCCUAUCACCAGCAGGUAUGAUCCCUGCAAGUUUUCCAAAGAUCCUUGUUCUAAACACAUCUCCUCGCUCAGUGAACAAAACGGCAACAAAUCCUGUAGGUGUUGAGGAUUCUGCUCACGUUAAAUCUUCUAGUGAUUCACUGGACCAUUUGAUGUAG